CUCACAAAUUCAGUUUGCCACCUGUGGUUAUGCAGAGAAUCUCUGGUUUGCUAACAUUAUGAUACUAUCCGUUUUAUCCUUUACUGUGUGUGAAUGCAAGAACUAAAUUUGGGCCUGUUCCCGGGAAAGCAAUAUGUCCUUCACAUUGGGCUCGUCGGACUCGUUAAAGGAAAAAAACAUCUUCUGCUAGUUCGUGAUGCCGCUCCAUCAGGAGAAAUCAAGAGGCGAAUAUCACAGCCAAUCACAACACUGGAUGAGGACACAUGGAAGGGUUUGGAGGAGACCAAGGCUUUGACCACUCAGGCUUUGGCCAGUGUGGCCUACCAGAUCAACAGCCUAGCCACUUCUGUCCUGAGACUGCUGGACACCCAGGCCAUGCAGCUGAAAGACAUGGAGAACUCCCUCAACCUCCUCUCUCUGGCUGUAGCUAUCCAUCAGGAGAAGGUGUCUCGGAGAGAGAUGGGAAUUUUCACCACAGUAACGAAGUUGGCUUGCGCCAAAUUAAUGAGCCCUCCCAAAGCUGGCCGGGAGCUCGAGGGUUGCUACAUCAGAAGACCCAUGUCCUUCACCGGACUUGACACACUGGGCCACAGCUUUAACCUCAAUGAGUUGCAGCCUCGGAAAAGAACAGGGACCACAGAGAGCGUGCAGAGUACAGGGAGCUGUGGCCCUGUGGAGUGUCCCGUUGCUCCUGCUACCCAGCCUGGGGCACCCUCCUCAGCCAGCGUCAAUAAGGAUCUCUAUAGGUCCAAUCUUGGCAUUAAUGUGGCCCUACCAUCGGUGCCCACCUUGCCAGUCUCCUCAAACCUCAUCCAAAACUGCCCACAACCCCCUCCUGGAUCCACGUUUGACUCCAACAUCCCACCUCCUCCUCCUCCCCCACCUGGCUCCAUGGGCACUGGUCUUCCUCCUCCUACACCCUCCAUGACCUCAUCGAAUAACCUCCCUCCUCCCCCUCCUCCUACACCGAAUGCAUCCCCUAAUGUUCCCUCUCCGCCACCCCCUCCUCCACCUCCUGCCAGCGCAUCAAAUAGCUUCCCUCCUCCUCCUGGUUCAAUGGGUAAUGCUCCACCUCCUCCGCCUCCUCCCAGCUCAUCAAAUAGCUUCGCCCCUCCACCUCCUCCUCCUCCACCUGGUUCAAUGGGUAAUAAUCCUCAUCCUCCACCUCCUCCCAGCUCAUCAAAUAGCUUCCCCCCUGCUCCUCCUCCUCCUCCUCCACCUGGUUCAAUGGGUAAUGCUCCUCCUCCUCCACCACCUCCUCCUCCUCUCCCUGGUACCUCCACUAAGGUGCCCCCACCUCCUCCACCACCCUCACCUCCUCCGCUUCCAUAACUUAUAUUGUUACGUGUCUUCUCUAUCUACCUUCUGCUAUGUAGGGAUUACAUGAUAACAUGGCACAGCAAUGAAUUGAACUGAAUAUGGUAUGUAACCUGAAUACAGUGUGUGAUCAUGAUUGAGUUUUUAUGAAUAUGUAUAAAACAAAUUAGAUUUAUUUCAAUUUGCAAGUAUAUUGAUGACAGGAUUCUGCAUUAAAGGAAGUUUUUAAAUCUA